AGGAAUGUCAGAAAGAAAUAGCAACUGUAAAAGAAGUAUCACACUGACCAGGAUGGCUGUGAAAUGGACUUGGGCUCUGCUGCUCCUACAGCUGAGCUGUUGUUUCAGCUCUGGGACGUGUGGAAAGGUGCUGGUGUGGCCCAUGGAAUACAGCCACUGGAUGAACAUAAAGACCAUCCUGGACGAACUUGUCCAGAGAGGCCAUGAGGUGACUGUGCUGGCAUCUUCAGCUUCCAUUCUCGUUGAUCCCAGCAAAACAUCUGCUAUUAAAUUUGAAGUUUAUCCUACAUCUCUAACUAAAGAAGACUUUGAGGGGUUUUUUGUCAAAAUGCUCAAUGAAUGGAUAUAUGAUAUUCCAAAGGAUUCAUUUUGGUCACAUUUUUCACAAAUAGAAAAACUGACACUGAAAUAUUCCGACUGUGUGCAAAAGCUCUGUAAAGAUGUAGUUUUCAAUAAGAAACUCAUGACAAAGCUACAGGAAGCAAAAUUUGAUGUUCUUCUUGCAGAUGCCAUUGCUCUCUGUGGGGACCUGCUGGCCGAGGUACUUAAAACCCCCCUGGUGUACAGUCUGCGCUUCUCUCCUGGAUACUCCUUUGAGAAGCACAGUGGAGGACUUCCCUUCCCUCCUUCCUACGUUCCUGUUAUGUUGUCAGAAUUAAGUGAUCAGAUGACAUUCAUGGAGAGGGUGAAAAAUAUGAUAUAUGUGCUUUACUUUGACUUUUGGUUCCAAAUAUUUAAUGUGAAGACUUGGGAUCUGUUUUACAGUGAAGUUCUUGGAAGACCCGCUACUUUGUAUGAGAUGAUGGGAAAAGCUGAUAUAUGGCUCAUUCGAACCUACUGGGACUUUGAAUUUCCUCGCCCACUCUUACCGAAUUUUGAGUUUGUUGGAGGCCUCCACUGCAAACCUGCCAGACCCCUGCCUAAGGAGAUGGAAGACUUCGUCCAGAGCUCUGGAGAAAAUGGUGUUGUGGUGUUUUCUCUGGGGUCAAUGGUCAGCAACAUGAAGGAAGAAAGGGCCAAUGUGAUUGCUGCAGCCCUUGCCCAGCUCCCACAAAAGGUCCUGUGGAGAUUUGAUGGAAAGAAACCAGACACUUUGGGAUCCAAUACUCAGCUGUACAAAUGGCUGCCCCAGAAUGACCUUCUUGAUAUUCACCCAACUGUAGGUCACCCCCAAACCAAGGCUUUUGUAACUCAUGGUGGAGCCAACGGCAUAUAUGAGGCCAUCUACCACGGGAUCCCCAUGGUGGGCAUUCCUUUGUUUGGGGAACAAGCUGACAACAUGGCUCACAUGAAGACCAAGGGAGCAGCUGUCACCUUGGACUUCACCACGAUGUCCAGUGCUGAUUUGCUCAGUGCUCUGAAGAUGGUCAUUAAUGACCCCAUAUAUAAAGAGAAUGCUGUGAGGUUGUCUAAAAUUCACCAUGACCAGCCAAUGAAGCCCCUGGAUCGAGCAGUCUUCUGGAUCGAGUUCGUCAUGCGCCACGGAGGAGCCAAGCACCUGCGGGUUGCAGCCCACGACCUCAGCUGGGCCCAGUACCACUCCCUGGACGUGAUUGGCUUCCUGCUGGCCUGCGGGGCAGCUGUGAUGUUUGUCCUCACAAAGUGCUGUCUGCUCUGCUACCGGAAGUUUGCUACCCCAAGGAAGAAGGGGAAACAGGAGUAGCUGGAUCCCAGAACUAAAGCUGGGAUCGUGACCUGUGGGUCUCCCGGGUGAAUGCCAGAAAGAGGGGCGUUAUGGAGAUUCUCCUCCUGGGACAAAACACCUUUCCCUACUUACCUCAUCAAGUCAAAAUUUCCAGAGAUUUAGUUCCUAUUUGAAAGAUAAAAUUAUUACUUAUUGAACAUUGUUAAAACCUGGGAAAUGUAAAAAUCAUAUAAGUUAAAAUAGUUUAUGGCUAAAUGUAUUGUUCUAAUUCACAAAUUAUGCAAAUAAACAUGUACUGAGCUUA